AUGAAUCGUCAUCGUAAAAUAAAACGAUUUUUCAAGGAUUACGUAAAUCAAAUCUCACCAAUGAUGAUAGAAUUAUUGGAAGAUGAGUUGCAGAAAAGUACAGAAAAGAGGAAGCGGAUUUGGACCAGAAAAUGGAUCUUACAUCGAGGCACACACGGUGCUUCUGUUGGACUUCUUAGAGAGCUAGCAAGUGAAGAUGUAAACGAAUAUAGAUCAUUUAUGAGGAUGAAUGUUGAACAAUUUCAACUGAUUUUACAAAAUAUCUCGGAUAAAAUUCAACGAUCAGACACAGCAAUGAGAGAAGCCAUAUCAGCAAAAGAUAAGUUACAAGUAACUUUGUCUUUUUUGGCGACAGAAAAUAGUUUCAGAACUCUCCAACAUAUUUUUCGAGUGCCUAAACCAUCGAUAUCCACAUUUCUUCCUGAAGUUUUAGAUGCUAUUUACGACUUCUUAAAGGAUUAUAUUAAGGUUCCAGAAACUGAUGAAGAAUGGGGAGUUUUAGAGAAUGGCUUCCGUACAAGAUGGAAUUUUCCCGGAUGUUACGGUGCCAUCGAUGGCAAACAUGUUUCAAUUCAAGCUCCUAACCAAUGUGGAAGUGAGUUUUGGAACUACAAGGGAAGUAACAGUAUAGUUUUGAUGGCAAUUGUCGAUCAUGAUUAUUGUUUCCGAUACAUAAACGUAGGGGCAAACGGAAGGAACUCGGAGAGAAAUUGUUCAAUUUAUCAAAAACUUGAAAAUAAUAAUAUAUUACCUGAUGGUGGAUUUUUAGUUGGAGAUGACGCUUUCCCACUAAAAACCUACCUAUUGAAACCGUACUCACACAGAUCUCUGGCUUAUGACGAAAAGAUAUUUAAUUAUAGACUAUCUAGAGCACGCCGAAUAGUAGAAAAUGCUUUUGGUAUACUAGCUAGUCGAUUUCGAAUAUUCCAUAAGCCUAUUUCAACCCGGCUAGAAGUAACCAAUAAAAUUAUUCGUACUGCGUGCGCUUUGCACCACUGGUUAAGAAUGACAAGUGGUAUUACAUAUUUGGGUAGCGGCACUGUAGAUGUAGAAGAUGAAAACACAGGUGAAAUUUUUGAAGGUACAUGGAGAAGAGAUUUUUCCAUGCCAAGUAGGUAUCGUUAA